GGCAUUACAGUACAUAUAUACUCAAUUCAAUGAUAAAAGCAGGAAGCAGUGGAAAGGUUUAUAGCGCCCAUCCACAUGGUGGGUUAACGGUUCCAGAAGUUAUUGAGAAACUAUGGCUACUAGCAGAUCUAGACAACAGCAAUUGUUUGUCACUGACUGAAUUUCAGGCAGAAUUUAUCACUUCAUUCGACCAUGAUCAUUCUGGAUCUGUAGCAGAACACGAAUUUGUUCACCAAUGGCAACAUAACUAUAAGGAGCACCACCAGAUUGUUGUUCACAUCUUCCAACAUUUUGACAUGGAUAAAGACGGUGUAUUGUCUAGUACCGACCUAAAUGACCUCUUCCAUCGCCUGGACAACAAUGUGAAUCACUGUUUGGAACACAACGAAUAUGCUGCAUUAAUGUCAUAUUUGUACGGUACUGCACCAUUGCCAGAAUUGACACCAUAGAGCAUGCACACAGAAUAAUACGUCAGCAAUCGCUAUAUUCACAGAUGAAAAUUGAAGUACUAGCAAUGAAUAUUAAAUUACUUUAGAUAGAUGUAUAGCAUUUGUUUUGUGUAGUUUAUCUAUUGAAUAUAAACAUAAGUUAAAACUAUCCUUCGAAAAUCAAACGA